UGAUCCCUGCUCUUCAGUUUUCCCAGUGUGUGUUUGUCUGCGUGCGACUCAUUUGAGAGCGGCUGAGGGAGGGGGUUUAUGAGAUGAGAGCUAGCUAGGUGCUCCAGAGAGAAAGAGAUGUUGAAACGCUAACUUCAUUUGCCCAUUCAGAGAAGGACAGACGGCUCUCGGGUUUUCCAAUUCGGGCACGGAACGGAGUGGUAGCCUAUUGCCCGCAAUCCGACUCCUCGGCAGCGGCGAGAGAGGCUUGAGGGGUGGAGAGAGAUGGGAUCAGCUUCUUCGGCGUACCGAGUAAUCUACCUGGACGUGGAUGGCAGAAUUCAGAAGGUGGUCUUCAGCAGAUUCUGCAGCCCGUAUGAUAUCAAGGAGUUAUUCUGUACCGCUCUAGGUCUUCCAAGAGAGAGUGUCCCUGCUUUGUCUGUUUUGGACAGGAACACCACCUUGUCUCUGCUGGAUUCCACGGGAGCCAUGGUGUCCAUCGACCCCACCAUGCCACACAACACCGAGAGGUCACCGUACAGAGUGGUGCCCCUGACUGGAGGACAGCUAGCUGAUAAAGAGGAACUCUUCCAGAAUGUAUUGACACAGGUGGCAGAGCAGUUUUCCAGAGCGUUUAAAAUCAACGAGCUGAAGACGGAGGUGACGAACCGCUUGGCCAUGUUGGAGAAGAGAGUGGAGUUGGAAGGGAUGAAGGUGGUGGAGAUAGAGAAGUGUCGCAGCGACAUCAAGAAGCUCCGGGAGGAGAUGGCCUCCCGGAACAACAGUCAUUUCCUGGAUGACAACAAGAAGCUGACACCUCGCAGAGAUGUGCCCUCUUACCCCAAAUACAUGCUCUCGCAGCAGACCAUAGAUGCCCUCAGAAAGCCUGCCUUUGGCCUCUGGCUGUGGGAGUCCAACGAGAUGCUGAGCUGCCUGGAGCACAUGUACCACGACUUGGACCUGGUCAAGGACUUCAACAUGAACCCCAUCACACUGAAGCGGUGGCUUCUUUGUAUCCAUGACAACUACAGGAUGAAUCCCUUUCAUAACUUCCGUCACUGUUUUUGUGUCACCCAGAUGAUGUACAGCAUGAUCUGCCUCUGCAGCCUACAGGAGACGUUCACCCAGGUGGACAUUCUGAUUCUGAUGACAGCUGCAGUGUGCCACGAUCUGGAUCACCCCGGAUACAACAACAUGUACCAGAUAAAUGCACGGACGGAGCUGGCAGUACGCUACAAUGACAUCUCCCCUCUGGAGAAUCACCACUGUGCCGUAGCCUUCCAGAUCUUCUCCCAGCCCGACUGCAACAUCUUCUCCACCUUCGACCCAGAGGCCUUCAAACAGAUACGCCAGGGAAUCAUCACACUGAUACUGGCCACAGACAUGGCACGACAUGGCGAGAUACUGGACUCCUUCAAGCAUAAAGUGGACAGCUUUGACUUCACUGAUGAAGAGCAUGUCACUUGUCUGAAGAUGGUGCUCAUUAAGUGCUGUGACAUUUCUAACGAGGUGCGACCCAUGGAGGUGGCUGAGCCCUGGGCGGACUGUCUGUUGGAGGAGUACUUCAUGCAGAGUGACAGGGAGAAGGCAGAGGGUCUGCCCGUGGCCCCCUUCAUGGACAGAGAGAAGGUCACCAAACCCACCGCUCAGAUCGGUUUCAUCAAGUUUGUCCUCAUCCCCAUGUUUGAGACCGUCAUGAAGCUGUUCCCUCAGAUUGAGGAUGUGAUGGUCCAGCCUCUGAGAGAGUCGCGAGACAGAUACGAAGAGCUCAAGCAGAUUGACGAUGCCAUGAAUGAGGUGCAGAAAAAGAAAAGUGAGAACUUGACUAUGGGGAAGAAGAAAUGAAAGCACAAAGUGGUAAAGGUUGAGUCAGCAUAGUCUGAGGAAUGGGACCAGAGGAAGAUGGAAACAGACCAAGCUACUUGACUGACUGGCCGGAUGGACAAUCCAAAAGCUUUUAUCAGGGAAUGUCGACUUGUACAGCAGACUACUUCAGUGAACAAUAUUUAGAUUUUCUCUUAUUGUUUUUUUUAAUGUUGUUUUAUACAGAAUGUACAGAUUUUUAGUUGCCUUCGUUGUUUCCUACAAAAUAAAAGGUUUACUUUAAUUAUAA